GUGGUUGCCGGCGACAUAUUCUUUUGCGAGGUGCACCAGGAUCAGGACGACUUGGAGCCUGCUGUCAGGGCUGUUGAGAAAGGGGCAGUGGCAGUUGUGGUGCAGAGCGAUGAGCAGGGCGUGCUGUGUUGCGAGGACAUGCCCCUCAUCUACGUCAAGGACAUACAUGACUGCGAAGCCAGGCUGGCAGUGGUGUUCUAUCGCAACCCUUCAGGCCGCAUGCUCAUGGUGGGCGUCACGGGAAGUUCAGGAAAGAGCACUGUCUGCUGGCUGACUCGUGCAGUCCUGGAGCAUUGUGGGUUAAUGACGGGGCUCAUGAGUGACAACGAAUACGCCAUAACUGACGACCUCCUGGACGAGGAGGGCGACCUGUGGAACGAGCCCCAUCCCCACCCCGCAAAGGAGCGCAGCUGUUCCACGCCCUUCCACCUCACACCCUACAAGGGGAGAUACACAGUGCCGGACACACUGCCGGACACGCUCAAGGUGCAAAAGGUGCUGGCAGGAAUGUUUGAGCGGGGAGCCCAGGCAUGCGUGAUGGAGUGUCCAAGCAUCGCGCUGGACCAGCACCGAUGCCACUAUGUGUACUACGCCCUGGCCGUGUUCACGAACCUCACACCCGAACACCUUGACUACCAUGGGUCGCUCGAUGACUACAUCGAGGCAAAGGGACUGCUGUUUCAGAAACUUGACAAUCCCGAGAAGCAACGAGCUGUGGUGAACAUCGACAGCGAGUAUGCUGCCAAGUUUCUGGAGUUUGCUGCCAAUGUACCAGUGGUGACGUAUGGCAUCAAGGACCAGAACGCCGACGUGUGCAUCGAGUCUGUCAAGUACUCAAUCUGGGAGACAGAACUUCUGAUAAGGACGCCUGUGGGUCGCAUGGAGGUGAUCUCUUACUUGAUCGGGGAGCACAAUGUGUACAACGUCCUGGCUGCUGUGGCAGUGGCGCUGUCGGUCAAUGCACCCCUUGAGAAGAUCGCCGCAGGACUGGAGUCUGUGGAAAAUGUGCCUGGCAGGACUCAGGUGGUGGACACAGGGUCACAGCAGCUCUUCAGCGUGGUGGUGGACAAUGCCCACACACCACAGGCGCUCACCCGGUUGCUGGACAAUAUCAGGUGGGGUGCUCAAUCCUUGAUCUGUUCAUGCGGAUGGAUUUGCGCCCGCCUUUCACCUUGA